CGGGGCUUGCUCGCAGGUGAACGGAACACAGAGCAGGUGCGAAACCAGCGACCUGUACCUCCUGAAAAACACGUUCAAGAGUUGAGUGCCGUUACACGGGCCAGCAUCUGGCCCUCCGCCGCGAUGCCUGCCACCUGCGUGGGCAACUGCGCGCCGGUGUUUUUCCUCGCCAUCAUUUUUGAUGCCGCCGGUCUGGUUGUACUUCUGGUGGGGAUUUUCGGCAAUCUCAACGUGGACGGACGAUUUUACGGAGAUUUUCUCAUCUACACGGGCUCGCUUGUCAUUUUCCUCAGUUUGGUGUGGUGGGUAUUGUGGUACACUGGCAACGUACGAUUGUACGCGGAUCAUCACAGGAGAGGUUCCCUGGACAUCACUUUUACAAAUUGGGCGAGGAAGCUGUCUGAGAGGCUAUCCAGAAGCGCCAAGAAGUCUCUGCAGGAGAAGAAGACUUUUGGCAAAGAGAUGAACGCAACCGCGCCUCGUCAUGAGCCCUCUCGGACUACUUGGGAAUUGACAACCGGUCACGACAACAAGGGCUUUGAUGCGGGGACUGAGUGCAACCCAGAUGAGAAAAACGUGGAGUUGGGUGCGUUGAAGAACUCUGAUGUCAAUCUGCACCAUGUGGAGAACAAAUCGGAGAAAUCGCUCUGGCUGCAGAAGGUAUCGGGUUCCCAUGAAUGAUGAAAGGGCGCUGCUUUUCAAAAACGUUCGAAAGACUGAAAACAUUGAGCUAAAAAGAACUGGUGUCACUUUUUUUUUACUGUUUUUUUUCCCCAAGAUUUCUUAAUCAGGGACAAGCCCGACUCGAGGCAGAAAGGCUGCGCACAGAAGAACAUCUUUCCUAUGUAAAUAGCAAAUUCCUAUUUUUUUAUGUACAAAUUUUUUGGGGGGAAAAACAAAAUGUCAAAUAUUUUUCAAGGAAUAAAGUUUACCAGCGGUU